AUCUCAACUCCACUAAACUUCAACUUGAGAACAUUCACACUUGUUUACACUCUACUACGUUCCCAUCUACUAUAUGAUUUCGAUCAUUAAGGCGGAGCAAUCUUGAACAUGGCGCUAAACCGAAAGUAUGCUGCAUUACCAGAUCUGGACUCUGCGCCUGACAUCUACGAGACCCCCGAGUUAACGGAUGAUAACUCCACUAUUCCGACUACCGCGGGCCGAUCGCAGUCAGACAAUGAAUUCGAUGAUGAUGAUGACGAUGACGCCCCAGGGAUCUCACACUCCAGACUCCGAAUAGAUCAAGCACGGUCUCGAUUUAUGCCUUCGCAAGUCGACGCUCGAGACGUAGAUUUUUCGGACCGAUUAAAUGGAAAACGGAAAUCGUACAAAACCUCCAGCCGAAGACAACGAAUCCUCGAAGAUGGUACCGAGCAAAUCGGUGAUCUGAGCGAUGAGGAGGAAGACGAAGACCUAGCAAGAAAGAUCGCGCGCUUGAAGCGAGAGAUUGAAGAGGCUAAAGAAGAGUACGGUAAACGGAAAGCAGAGUCGAAGGACUCUGCGCCAGACCAGGAAGAAGUGCUUGUGUCACUUAGCCAGGCUUUAGAAGAGAUGUCAACGCUGCCAGAAAGAGAAAUAGCUAUUCGGGACUAUCAGAAAUCUAGCAAACAAUCGAAGGACGAGAAUCGAGACUCGGCUCAGUCGGUGGAUGAGGCAACGUAUACUGUCACUUACGCGCCGAAUUACGAACAAAGCCAUGCCCUUGCCACAGCUGCCGAUUUCGAUCGACGACUUGUACUGCUCGAAAAGGCGAUUGGUAUUACCUCGUCAGCUAUGCCUGAGUUAGAAAGCAACGGCCUGUCCCGUGCUAUCAUGCCUACACUAGAUACACUUCAAAACCAGAUCUUGACGUUGUCGGAAGCUUCUACCUCGUCCCUCGACAGCAUUAGUCGCAGAGUACGGACUCUGACCCAAGAAGCCGAACAAUUAGAGAAGUCUAGAAAAGCUGCUAAGGCUGCGCAAGAUUCUCUAGCCUCCUCGGGUGCCUCUCCUGUGGAACCAGAUGAUUCGGAGCAUACGGCCAAGAUUAAUGCGCUCUAUGGUACUUUACCAACGAUUGAAAGCUUAACACCACUUCUACCUCCGUUAUUAGAUCGACUCCGUUCGUUGAGGGCUAUUCAUGCCGAUGCAGCAACAGCCAACGAUACCCUAGAGCGUAUCGAGAACUCUCAAAGUGAGAUGGCUGCUGAUAUCAAGGAAUGGAGAGAAGCCCUAGAGAAAAUCGAAGGGUCCAUGGGCGAAAGAGGGACAGCUAUGACUGCGAACAUGAAGGUGGUGGAAGGAUGGGUGAAAGACCUAGAGGCCAAGGUCGCUACGUUGUCAUGAUAAUGGAGAUACUACUUGGUGUUCUGUGUCGAAUUAGCUCUGAUACCCUAUUGGCUAAAUGAUGAAUGUGAUAUUCAAAUGCUUUUUUUCUUGAAAA